AUGGAGAUGCUGAAUAAAUUGAAAAGUACGGUUGGUGGGUUUAUCGGGAACCCAGUGAUGAGAGAAUAUGAGGUCAUUCGGCAUGUCGGUAGCGGCGGUCCCGGGUGUUUGUGGAAGAUCUAUCUUGCUGUCAAAAGAUCAACGAAACAGGAAUCAGGUGUAUUUGUAUUCGAGAAGAAACUCCUGGAAAGAUUUGCCAAAAAGGAUAGAGAACCAUUGUUAGAGAUCUUACGUAAGGGUUCAACCCAGUUGACCAGGCUAAGACAUCCUUGUGUGCUUACGGUUCAACAUCCAUUGGAAGAAACAAGAGAAAGCCUGGCGUUUGCUACAGAGCCUGUCUUUGCCAGCCUAGCCAAUAUAUUAGGUUGCCAUGACAACAUGCCGACGCCCAUACCCCCGGACAUUGGAGAACACAAGUUGUUUGAAGUCGAGAUCAAAUAUGGCCUUCUACAGUUAACAGAUGCCUUGAAGUUUCUUCAUAAUGAUAUUCAUAUGGUCCAUGGUAAUAUUUCACCGGCGAGUAUUAUCUUGAAUGGUAAUGGAGCCUGGAAGCUAGCUGGAUUUGACUUUGUUAUUCCUUCCUCAUCACCACCUGAUCAACCAGCUAGUUUCCCUUCACGUGAACUUAUGAACAAUAUCUCAGCAUUGCUUCAGCCAGACCUGAACUACUUGGCUCCGGAGUACCAGUUAACACAGAGCUGUGAUACGUCCAGUGAUAUGUUCAGUCUUGGUAUGUUAAUGUACUCCGUGAUCAACAACGGCAAACUCUUCCAUGAUUGCAACGAGAAUCUUGCCACAUUUAAACAGAAAUCUGAACAGGUAGUAAUAUCUUUUUUUGAACUUGAUAAAAUUUGAUAAUUUCAAAAAUUAAUUUCAUGGUCAAACCUGUCUCAACAACCACCUGUCUUUCGUGAAAACCUGACUAUAAAGGUUACUUGUCUCCGGGGUCCACUUUUACUGUUUCCUCUAUUUUAUAGACAGCUUUGACCAGUAAUGAAC